AUGUCCCUGCAGGCUGAUUUUGAUCAGGCAGCCAAAGAUGUGAGGAAGCUGAAAACAAGGCCAGAUGAUGAAGAACUGGAAGAACUCUACGGGCUCUACAAACAGUCUGUAAUUGGAGACAUCCAUAUUGAGUGUCCAGGAAUGUCAAAUUUAAAAGGCAAAACUAAGUGGGAAGCAUGGAACCUCCAAAAAGAAUUAUUGAAAGAAGAUGUCAUGAAUGCCUAUAUUUCCAAAGCAAAGGACCUGAUAGAAAAAUAA